AUACACACAAAACACACAGAGAGGAGUGGGGAGGAGAGAGAGUAUAAAAACUAGAAACUAAAAACUAAAAAGGAUUGUUGGAGACUAAUAUAAGUGUUACUGUUUCUCUUUGGACGCUCAACAUAGUCUAAAUUAUAAGCACUUUGGAGUGUACCACUACCACCACCAUUUCUCAGUGAGCUCUUUGUCUCUCUUGUGAUAAAAGAAGAAACCCACCUCAAAAAUAAUCACAAAGCCACCUCCUUUAUCUACUGGGUUUUCCCAUCCCCCCUGUGAGAAGAGAGAGAGAGAGAGAGAGAGAGAGAGAGAGAAAAAGAAAAAACCCAAAUUUUGAAGCAAAGAUCUCUCCUUUUUCCAAUUUCUCUUUGGCUUUGAUCCAAUACUCUGUGCUUUGGGUCACAAAAAGGAGCUACCUUUGGUGCAUUUGUUGAUGUGUUGUUGUAAUUGAGUAACCGAAAAGGAAAGAGGAGGAAGAGGAGGAGAGGCCCGUUUGAAUCGAAUGGUGCGUUUCCAAAAUCUGUGAGAGGGGGUUUUAUUUGAAGAUUUUUUAUAUGGGAUUCAUCGUCUUUUAGAUCUUACUCAAAUUUGUGUUUUUGGCUCCUUUCCGUAGCUAAUGGGAGGUAAUGUUGCUUCAUUUCUGUGCAUUCUAUGUUUUUGAUGAUUCAUCCCUGAAAAAAAUCUGCCAAAAUUUGGAUUUUUGAUGCUUUUAAAGAAUAGCUUAAUGGAGUUUCCUUUGAAUGCAUACACCCAUUCCUAAAUUAACUGCGGAAUUUUCCGGGAUUCGGAGAUGAAGACACUAGUAUUGCUUCUCGUGGGUCUUUUGUCUAUGUUUCUUCAAUCAAAGCUCAUUCAAGGUAAAACAUUUCUUAUCAAUUGCGGAUCUAACGCCACAGCCGAUGCCGAUGGUAGGAAAUGGGCCGGAGACUCGAUUCCUGGUGAUAAUUUCACUUUGAGUUCUACUGGAAUUGUUGCAUCAACUUCCUCUAUUAACGCCGAGCCAAUUUUUGGAUCCCUGUAUAAGACCGCUCGCUUCUUUAACACAUCGUCGUCGUACAAUUUUGGUGUUGUUUCGGGGGAUUACUGCAUCAGGCUUCACUUCUUUCCUAUCAAGUUCGAAAAUUACGACACAAAUGCAUCGGCAUUUGAUGUAUCAGCAAAUGAUCUGAAGUUGCUUUACAAGUUCAAUGUCUCGGAAGAAAUCUCGUGGAAAAGCCUUCGGAACAAUUCGGUCGUCACCUCGGUAGUGAAAGAGUAUUUUCUUAGCGUCAAUCUUAGUGAAUUGCAGAUUGAGUUUGUUCCCAAUGUUGGAUCUUUCGCUUUUGUUAAUGCCGUUGAAAUCAUUCCAUUGCCCGAAAAUAUAUUCAAUGGCUCUAUAAACAAAGUUGGCGGCGAUGGCUUGAAGGUUCCGUUGAGUCUAAGUGACCAAGGAAUUGAGACGAUGUACCGACUAAAUGUCGGAGGCCCUGCACUUAAAUCUAACGUAGACCAAUUUCUAUAUAGACCAUGGGAGUCGGAUGAGAGUUUUAUGUUCUCCGUCAAUGCUGCGACCACUAUAUUCAAUACUUCAAACAUAAGCUAUGUCUCAAGCAACGACUCUUCGAUUGCUCCUGUUGAGGUUUAUGAGAGUGCAAGAAUAAUGUCGAACAAUGAAGUAGUUGAGAAGAAGUUCAACGUAUCGUGGAGAUUCUACGUCGACCCGAACUUUGACUACUUGGUUCGCUUACACUUCUGCGAGCUGAUUUAUGACAAAUCAAGCCAGAGAAUUUUUAAAAUUUAUAUCAAUAAUAAGACCGCAGCUGAAAACUACGAUGUGGUUUUGCGGGCGGGGGGGAUGAACAAAGCCUACCACGAGGACUAUGUUGAUGCCGUAUCGCAACAAAUAGACUCUCUUUGGCUUCAGUUGGGCCCCGAUUCUUUGACCACUGCUUCGGGUACCGACGCACUUUUAAAUGGGUUGGAAAUUUUCAAGCUUAGCAAGAACGGAAAUCUUGCUUACGUAUCGGAGAGGAUCGAUCAUAAUGGUGAAGCCUCUUCUUCUAAGAAGCCGAAGAGAAAAGCUCUUUGGGAAGCUGUCGGUGCAGGUAUUGCUUCUAUAAUCUCUAUAGCAAUUUUCUCUACUCUUUUCUUUUAUCACGUUCGAGGAAAGAGAGAGUCUGAUGUUAAAGAUGUUCCGCCCGGUUGGCAUCCACUUAUCCUUCACGAGACUACGAAAAGCACCACUAAUGCUCGAUCAUCUAAGCCUUCGCUAACAAAUAGCGCAUCAAGAAUUGGUAGGAGGUUCACUUUAGCCGAGAUUAAAGCCGCCACCAAGAACUUCGAUGAGUCUUUGGUGAUCGGGACGGGAGGUUUUGGCAACGUCUUCAAGGGGGUCAUUGAUGAGGGGAACACAGUGGCGAUCAAGCGGGCCCACCCGCUAUCCGAACAAGGACUAAAGGAAUUCGAGACCGAGAUCGAGAUGCUAUCGAAGCUUCGGCAUCGGCACCUUGUAUCCAUGAUCGGGUAUUGUGAAGAGCAAAGAGAGAUGAUUUUGGUGUACGAAUUCAUGGCUAAUGGCACGCUAAGAAGCCAUCUUUAUGGAAGCGGACUUCCUCCGCUGACAUGGAAGCAGCGUGUCGAUAUUUGCAUCGGCGCGGCACGCGGGCUUCACUACCUCCACACCGGGGCGGAUAGAGGUAUAAUUCAUCGUGAUGUUAAGACUUCCAACAUUCUCUUGGAUGAGAACUUUGUUGCCAAAAUGUCCGACUUUGGUUUAUCCAAGGAUGGCCCCGCAUUGGAACAUACCCAUGUCAGUACUGCGGUAAAGGGAAGCUUCGGUUAUCUCGACCCAGAAUACUUCCGACGGCAGCAGCUCACUCAGAAAUCAGAUGUUUAUUCUUUUGGAGUGGUGCUCUUCGAGGUUGUCUGUGCUAGGCCUGUGAUAAACCCUUCCUUGCCGAAGGAUCAAAUUAACUUAGCCGAAUGGGCACUACGGUGGCAAAGGCAAAGGUCGCUCGAGACAGUUGUAGAUCCACGGCUUGAAGGAGACUACUCCUCGGAGUCCCUGAAAAAAUUUGGAGAAAUUGCAGAAAAGUGCCUCGCUGAUGAGGGAAAGAAUAGGCCGACGAUGGGUGAAGUUUUAUGGCAUUUGGAGUAUGUUCUUCAACUUCAUGAAGCCUACAAGCAAAGUGUGGACAGCGAAUCAUUCGGGAGUACUGAGUUGGGUUUUGCCGAUUUAUCUUUUAGUCUACCGUAUAUUAGAGAGGGAGAAGAGGAAAUUUGCAGACACUAGGGAAAAAAAGAGUUUUGAUUACUAAAGUUUCCGACGGCAUGUUCUUGUGAACUGCAAUAUAUUGCUGCAAAGGGUUGGAUAACAUGUCGAAUAACUUUAUCUUCUCUCGAAGUUCUACUGCUCGAUGAAGCUAAAGCAUAGGAUUUGAUGUAAAUUGUGAAGCAUGAAAUGAUGAAAGUCGUAAAGCUGUUACGUCGUUCGGCUGAUGUAUUUUGCUAAUAUUUUUUAUUUGUUUACGAAGUAGAACUUGAAUGUAUUUUCUGACGUUGCGUCAUGUAUAAAUACCACCAAUGAGAAAUAAUUCCAGACCCUGUGUAUCUAGGAAUUUGGAAAAUAAAUAGCAGUUUUCAGCAAGAAUACAAUAUUUCAGUACUAAUUUUUA